CUCCUUCCCCAGACCACCCAAAGGCCACAUUCAUCUGUUUCCACCAUGGCUGCAGCACUGAGCUCGUCCCUCUACAUUUCCCCAAAGAAACCUUCAUGCCCACAACAAUCUCAAUCCACAAACUUAUCCACCAAACCCACGUCCAUCAAAACCACUCUCCACAGCCACCCUCUCUUCUCUGUAGCCGAUCAGGCCGUAACCCUCCAGAUGAAGGAGAAGAUCCUCUGUCUCGAGCUCAUGGGAAUUGACUCUGGCAAAGCCCUCUCUCUCAACCCAUUCCUCCGCUCAGCCUCCCUUGACUCCAUUGAAUCCGUCCUCCAUUUCCUCCAAUCUAGAGGGAUCUACCCAAAUGACCUUCCAAGAAUCUUGGGGAUGUGUCCUACGAUCCUCACUUCCGACAUCAGAACAGAACUCAACCCUGUCUUCAUGUUCCUAUCGAAUGAUCUCAAUGUCCCUGAGAAUUCUUUCAGAAGAGUGAUCAAGAAAUGCCCGAGGCUCCUGAUUAGCAGCGUAGAAGACCAGCUCAAGCCUGCUCUCUUCUACUUGCAGAGGCUUGGUUUCGACGAUCUUGAAGCUCUUGCUUACCAAGAUCCUAUCUUAUUGGUUUCUAGUGUCGAACACACUCUCAUCCCAAAGCUUAGAUUCUUGGAGAGUAUAGGAUAUUCAAGAUCAGAAGCAAUAGGAAUGAUCCUACGAUGUCCAGCUCUAUUCACAUUUAGCAUAGAGAACAACUUCAAACCAAAACUGGAUUACUUCAUGAGUGGGAUCAAAGGAAAGCUGGAGACUCUAAAAGAGUUUCCUCAGUAUUUUGCCUUCAGUUUAGAGAAAAGGAUAAAGCCAAGACACAUAGAAUCAAUGGAGAGAGGCUUAGAGUUGCCAUUGUCAUUGAUGCUUAAGAGCACUGAUGAAGAGUUCGAGCAAUUGCUCACACAGCCAUCUUCAGUAGCAAACGUAUAAUACUUUGAAUUGUUGUAUAUGUUACUGAUUGUGUUGUUCAUAACUUGUAUUUAACAUUGCUGCUUUAAUAUAAAAAAAAAUCUGAAAUUGAAAAUUCACAAUA